CGGAACAUAUUCCGGUGGAUAUUAUAUAAAAUGCAUCCUUCGCUGUCCUGUGCGCCGGCGAAGUCUCUCACACUCUCGCUCACUAAGCCCACGCAGCUGGUCGGAGAUGCAGCGUCUUCUCGCCGCGCGAUGCUCGGCAGGUUCUCUCCGGCAACUGAAGAACUCUAGAGCGUUUUUCUCCACCUCCCUUCUUUUCGAUGAUACCCAAAAACAGUUUAAAGAGAGUGUUCAUCAAUUUGCACAAGAAAAUAUUGCUCCCCAUGCAGCGAAGUUGGACGUGACAAAUCAAGUUCCAAAGGAGCUUAACCUAUGGAAACUUAUGGGAGAUUUCAAUCUUCAUGGCAUCACAUCACCGGAGGAAUAUGGAGGUCUUGGCCUUGGUUAUCUUUACCAUUGCAUAGCUAUGGAAGAAAUCAGUAGGGCUUCUGGAUCUGUUGGCCUUUCUUAUGGCGCUCAUUCAAAUCUUUGUAUCAAUCAAUUGGUCCGGAAUGGAAAUCCUACACAGAAGCAAAAGUAUUUACCAAAGCUAAUCAGUGGGGAACAUGUGGGCGCAUUGGCAAUGAGUGAACCAAAUGCUGGCUCUGAUGUUGUUAGCAUGAAAUGCAAAGCUGAUCGUGUUGAUGGUGGUUAUGUUAUAAAUGGAAACAAAAUGUGGUGUACAAAUGGGACAAUCGCUCAGACGUUGGUAGUUUACGCGAAAACAGACGUUAAUGCUGGAUCGAAAGGUAUUACAGCAUUUAUAAUCGAGAAAGAUAUGCCAGGCUUUAGUACUGCUCAGAAACUGGACAAACUUGGCAUGCGUGGGAGUGAUACAUGCGAACUUGUUUUUGAAAACUGUUUUGUACCUCAAGAAAAUGUCCUUGGACAGGAAGGAAAAGGAGUGUACGUUAUGAUGUCAGGACUUGAUUUAGAGAGGCUUGUUUUGUCUGCUGGACCUCUUGGACUCAUGCAGGCAUGCCUAGACGUUGUUCUUCCUUAUGUUCGUGAAAGAGAGCAGUUUGGGCGUCCAAUUGGUGAAUUUCAGUUUAUACAGGGAAAAGUAGCUGACAUGUAUACAGCAUUACAAUCAUCAAGAGCUUUCGUAUACUCAGUUGCUAGGGAGUGUGACAAUGGCAAAGUUGACCCCAAGGACUGUGCUGGGGUCAUACUUCUUGCUGCCGAAAGAGCUACCCAAGUUGCUCUUCAGGCAAUCCAGUGUCUUGGCGGCAACGGAUAUGUUAACGAGUACCCAACUGGUCGUCUUCUUAGAGACGCCAAACUGUAUGAGAUUGGCGCUGGGACAAGUGAGAUCAGAAGAAUCAUCAUUGGCCGCGAACUCUUCAAACACACCUAACUCCUGGUCCGCAUUUAUCUCACUAAAUCUCUGCUGCAUCACACAACAAAAUAUGAUUUUAAAAAAAAAAAAAAUUCACAGCAGAUCAGUCUUAUAGUCUCCCAUUUUGAUGAGGAAAAAAUCAAAUUAAUUUGUCAAAUAAAGAGCGUUGUGUGAUAUUCAAUUCAUUCAGUUGUAAUUUAAAAGUUACUUUUAUGUUGAGAAAUAGAUGGGAUAGAUUUGAAAAAAAGUUAAAUAAAGAUAUUCCACAUUUU